AUGAAACUAACACCUGAGCUCAUCGAACGCUCGUCUAGUCACAUAAAUGCUGUAAAAGACCGAGAACUCGAUUUACGUGGUAAUAAAAUACCCGCCAUUGAAAAUCUCGGCGUCACAAAGGACCAAAAUGACACGAUCGAUAUGACGGACAACGAUAUUCGUGUACUAGGCAACUUCCCUCUUCUUAAUCGCAUCAAAAGCCUCUUACUAGCAAACAAUCGAAUCACCAGAAUCGAUCCACAACUUGCCGAAUACUUACCGAACUUAAACACAAUGAUUCUCACCAACAAUAAUAUCGCGGAGCUGACCGAUCUUGAACCGUUAAACAGAUGUCGUAGAUUACAGUAUGUUAGUUUGUUGGAUAAUCCUGUUACUCGAAAGAAGUAUUACAGGAAUUGGUUAAUUUGGAAGAUUCCAAGUUUGCGAGUAUUAGAUUUUAGAAGAGUUCGUAAAGCGGAGCGUGAAGAAUCAAAUAAACUAUUCGAAGCGCCCGAUGGAGAAUUAACUUCAUUAGCUAAAUCGAUAUCCGAGACAAUAUCAAAGACGUUUGAGCCUGGUGAAGGAUUGGGAAAUAUAAGCGGUGGUGCAUUACUGCCAAAAUCUAAUUUACCUACUCUCGGAAUUACUCCCGAAGAACAAGCAAAAAUUCAGGAAGCGAUUAAGAACGCACGAACUUUGGAUGAAGUUAAUCGUCUCGAGAAACAGUUACAAGCUGGACAAAUUCCUGGCACUUCAUUGCAAACAUCAGGGAGCGGUGAUGGCAAUGUUCAAGAGAUGGAAGAAGAUUAA